AGUAUUAAAUUGUAGGUUGUUCAAAAUGUGAGCUUUGUAUAAUAGAAAUGAUUUAUUUUAUGUUGUAGUGAAUAAUUUUCUUAUCGUUAUUAUUUCAAAAAUAAAUAUAUAUUGCAGGAGUCGUCGAUGGUAUUUUUAAUACAUAUUUGGUUGCUUCUAGGUGCACACAGGAAAUUUAAGCCAGGAAUAUUAGCUAAAAAACCACUACAAGGUGGAAAAAAAUCGUGUAGUUCCAAAAAUUACAGGGUUUGUUCAGAAUUUCCGGCACUUUCAGAAAAUCACAAAAUACUGACAGCAUUAUUUCUACAGAUGUCAAAUUUCAAGCAAUUUCUUAUGAUUAUCACUUUUGACCGGUUAUCACCAGUAGGUCUUUUAUCAGGUAGUUGUUACAGAACCAAAAUGACUGACCGGCGUUCUCGACUUGGAAAGCGACAGAUUCAGGAUUGUCUUGGGAAUGCAUUGCCAGCCACCACUUUCGGCUGGGAGGCGAAAGACGAUCGCUUCAUCCCUGUGCCUGAGUGCCUCCUUAAGAUGGUUCGCUGUGAAUGCAGAAAGGACUGUGAAACUUGCAGUCGUUGCCGCAUAGAAUGUUCCACUUGUGUUGAUUUGUGCACCUACUAUUUCAAUCCGAACAAAGUAAAAUAAGCGGAGAAGGCUGACGGAGGAAAUCCUGGAUAUAUAAUUUUUCUCUACAAGUUUUUUCUAUAAGUUACGUUAUCCAGAACAAUUAAAGUUGGUUUACACCU